UCUUAUAUUAGUGUAAAUAUUACAAAGCAUAAACAAACUUAAUAGUUAACUAUGUAGUGACGACGACAAAUGACGAAACCUUUAUAUGCUAAUGUUGUAAACAUUACUGCCGUAAAACGGACUCACUAAUGUCGUAAACAUUAAACAUGGCGGCGGCAAUGACAGGACGUGGUAUCGCUUUUAUCAGGAAUAUAUCUGGAGAGUUAUAUUCAAGGUUACAGAUGCUGGGUGGUGGUCCUCAGCAGCUCUCAUGUCUCCACACCAGCACUUCACUGGAGACAAAGAACUGGGAGAGGAAGAACCUGAAGAUGUAUCCACCUCAGCUACCAGAUGAGCCGCGCAGACCAGCAGAAAUCUACCACAGCAGGAGGCAGAUUAAAUACAGCAAAGACAAGAUGUGGUACCUGGCUAAAAUGAUCCGAGGGAUGAGCAUUGACGAGGCCAUUGCACAGCUGGAGUUCAACGACAAGAAAGGGGCGAAGAUCAUGAAAGAGGUUCUUCUAGAAGCUCAGGAGAUGGCGGUCAAAAAGCACAAUGUAGAGUACAAAUCCAACCUGUAUGUAGCUGAGUCUUUCUCCGGCAAAGGGCUGUACCUGAAGCGGAUCCGUUACCACGGCCGGGGGAUGUUUGGCAUCAUGGACAAAGUUCACUGUCACUACUUCGUCAAGCUGGUGGAGGGCUCACCGCCCAAAAUAGAAAAGAAGACGAGCUUUGACCAGGCCAAAGAGUAUGUCCAGAGCCUCAAGAACCGAACCAUCAUCCACAGCCUGUAAACCAUUUGAGGAUAAUAUUUCACAUGUACCCUUAACUGUGUGUGUGUCAUUUUGCAUUUGUAAAUAAAUGUUUGAAUUGAUAUUGA